CUAAGAAGAUUGGAUCGGGCAGUGUGACCCGACUGGACUGGUAACACAAACCAACCUUGCACGUCUCUCUCUCCACCCGAGAGAGGGAGAGAGCUCAUCCACCACCAUCCGCCGCAUCUUUCAAUUUUCCCUUUCUCUGAUUUUCAAUUCACUCAAAAACAAAGGAACAAUGGCGAAGAAAAUAAAAAAGAGGGGUCGAAGUUCAGUUAAGGAGAAGGCGGUUAUUAUCGAUUCGUCGCCCAAAAUUGUUACAGAAUCAUGUAACCCGCCAACUACUGAGUCUGUUGGUGAGGAGGUUUCAGUUGCAAAAGAGACAAAUCCUUGUCCUCAUCUUGUUAAAGGUAUUCAAUUAGAUAUAUUGUCUGGUAAGGUUGAGUCUUCUGCACCCAUAAGGUGUGAAGGCUGCAGGGAAGGUGCGGCUGAUAGGAGGGGCGGUAAAGGAAAAGGUAAACAUGGGAAGAAGAAAGGAGGUGCAGACUCAAAAUCCGAUUCAAAGUCUAUAUGGGUUUGUUUGGAGUGUGGUCAAUACAACUGUGGAGGUGUGGGGCUACCUAUAACCCCUAAUUGUCAUGCAAUUGUGCAUUCAAAGAAAGCUCGGCACCCGUUAGUGGUUAAUAUUGAAAAACCUCAACUGUGUUGGUGUUUUCGUUGCAAUAUGCUUAUUCAAGUUGAUAAGCUUGAAACCGAUGAAGCAAGUCAUGUUAUAUCUGAUGUUGUGAAAUUGUUAAAAGGACGAUCGUCAGGAAAAACUUUAGUAGAUGUUGAGGAUGUUUCCAUUGGGGAUGGCAGUGUCACUUCAGAAAUUAAGUUAGGAUCUCUGUCCACAAGCGGUUCAUAUGGACAAGGUGGUUAUGUGGUUCGAGGCAUGGUUAAUCUUGGGAAUACUUGUUUUUUUAAUUCAAUCAUGCAAAAUCUGCUUGCUAUGAAUAAAUUGCGGGACAAUUUCCUAAGGGUUGAUGCUUUUGUUGGGCCACUUAUUAGUUCGUUGAAGAAGUUGUUCACUGAAACAAACCCAGAAUCAGGAUUCAAAAACAUUAUCAAUCCAAGAUCCUUUUUUGGUUGUGUAUGUUCUAAGUCUCCUCAAUUCCGAGGAUAUCAGCAACAUGACAGUCAUGAAUUGCUUCGUUGUUUACUGGAUGGUUUGAGUACUGAAGAACUGGCUGGUAGGAAGCAGAAUGGUUCUCUCAAGAGAGAUGGGACCUCUUCCAAAACAUUAGUUGAUGCUUUAUUUGGGGGGCAGAUAUCUAGUACUGUAUGUUGCAAUGAAUGUGGGCAUUCCUCAACAGUGUAUGAGCCUUUUUUAGAUCUUUCCCUCCCUGUUCCAACCAAGAAACCUCCGCCUCGGAAGGCUCAACCAGCACCCAGAACCAGAAAGACUAAACCUCCACCAAAAAAAGGAGCAAAAUCUCGAGUCAAAGUUAACAGGGAUGUUGAUCCGCUACCCGUUCAAAAUAUACCAAGCCAAUCAUCCUGCCUUGAUCAGUCUGUCACAUCAGGUGCUGGGGAAUUGGUGAUUUCUUCUGGUGUUUCUACGGUAUUAGGUUCUGAAGAAAUAAGCAGCGAGGCCAAAGUUAACAGGGAUGAUGAUCCGUUACCUACUCAAAAUGUACCAAGCCAAUCAUCCAGCCAUGAAUCGUCUUGCCCUGAUCAGUCUGUCACAUCAGUUGCUGGAGAAUUGGUGGCUUCUUCUGGUGUUUCUACGGUAUUGGGUUCUGAAGAAAUAAGCAGUGAGGCCAAUAAAGAGGACUUAUCUCCAUCAAAUUUGGUUACCGUUGUAGAGUCUCAACAAAUUCAAGGGUUUGACAGUGUUGCAACUAAAACGUCAGAUUCAUCAGAUGCUUUUGCAUGGUUGGAUUUUGUGGAAGCUGAAACCAAUGAAGAGGACUUAUCUCCACCAAAUUUGGUUACUGUUGGAGAAUCUCAACAAAUGCAAGGGCUUGACAGUGUUGCAAACAAAACCUCAGAUUCAUCAGAUGAUUUUCCAUGGUUGGAUUAUGUGGAAGCCGAAACAACGAUAGAUGAAUAUGCUUCCAUAUCCCAGAAGGAAGAUGCACUGGAGGUACAAGACUCUGAGAACAAGGAUGAACGUUUGACUGCAUUCCCUGAACAAGGUAGCUGUGAAACCAGUGGUCCUGUUUGUUUCCUUAAGGAGGAUCAAAACCAAAGGCCUGAUUUUUCUUCAUCAAAUGAGCGGGAAGAUGAGGUUCCUUUACAAGUUCAAAAUUCAGAAGUGCUGUUACUUCCAUACAAAGAAGAAAGUUCCUCAGCCGGAGACAUCACUGGAAUAGAUGGCGGGGACUCCUCGUCUGUUUUGGGUGGUGGUCCAGAAGAAUCAGAGUUUGAUGCCUUUGGUGGCUUAUUUAAUGAGCCUGAAGUUGUUGCUGGGCCUGCUCCCAGGCCUUCUUCGUCUGGUGAUGUGGAAGCUGGCAUUAUCAUAAGAAACAUCAGUGAAUCUGAUCCAGAUGAAGUAGAUGAUACAGAUUCUCCAGUCUCUGUAGAGAGUUGUUUGGCACAUUUUAUAAAGCCCGAGCUUCUUUCAGAUGAAAAUGCUUGGCAUUGUGAGAACUGUUCAAAAAUCCUCCAACGUCAGAAGAAGAAAGCAAAAGAGCAGGAAAAAACCCUAUCUGAUGGAAAUGCGAGUGGUAGUCAUGAUGAAUCGUGGCAUGCAUCUAAAGCGUGUUCUUUUAAAGUCAGUAGUACAGGAAAUGAAGAUAUUGAAAAUGACAAGAAUAUAGAAAGUUCAGUUUCACAUGUUCAACAUGGCACAGAGCUUGAAAACGGUCAAAAAGAUGAGCUGCGUAAUUGUGAAUUACAGUCUUCAAGUUUACAUCAACCCAACAAUGAAGAAAGCUGUGAUAAUUCAGCUGUUGAUUCUUCUAUUACCGGAAACGUCCAACAAGAUGCUCCAAUGUUAAAUAAUGAUGACAAUGACUCAGAAGAAUGCAGUGGCAAAGAGACCGGCCUAGAAAGCAUUAGAGUGAAUAGGGAUGCAACUAAGAGGGUCCUCAUUUAUAGAGCUCCACCUGUCUUGACCAUUCAUCUGAAGAGAUUCAGCCAAGAUGCACGUGGUCGCUUAAGUAAAUUAAAUGGUCAUGUCAACUUCAGAGAAACAAUGGAUCUUAGACCAUAUAUGGAUCCCAGGUGUAUUAAUGAAGAGGAGUAUAAAUACCAGUUGGUUGGUGUUGUGGAGCACUCGGGAACCAUGAGAGGGGGUCACUAUGUUGCUUAUGUGAGAGGGGGCCAGAGGAACAGAGAGAAGGUUGAUAAUAAAGAAAAUGAGAGUUCCACAUGGUAUCACGCGAGUGAUGCGUAUGUGCGUCAAGUUUCCCUUGAUGAAGUUCUUCGCUGUGAGGCAUACAUUUUGUUUUAUGAAAGAAAUUGAGGACCAUCUACUUUCUAUGCAAUUUAUACUUGAGGUAGAGACACAAGUUUACCAAAUUUAGAAGAGUGAGAGAUAUACAUCAUUGCAGGUGAGUAUAAAAGCAAUUGCUAUUGUAUACCAUUUUUCCAACAUGUGAUGAGGUAUUGAAUGUACAAUGCGGUAUCAUACAAUCAAAUGUCAAUUUUUCCAUUUUUACAUUAUUUUGGUGCUAACUGUCAAGUCCAAUUCAGCUAUUGUGCUUUGUUUAAAUUUGUGUGACAGGACUGUCCAUUCUGCAUUCAUUCAAUUUGAUUAUAAAAUUAGUUUUAGACUUUCAAAA